GUCUCUAUGCACACGGGGAGGGCGUGGCUUCGGUUGCUAGGAAGCCGCUUGGUGGGACGGCGAGAGCUGCGUUCCUAGGGAGCAACCGCCCCCGGGCCGUGAGUGCGGGAGCGCGGGCGCCUUCGAAAGAACGAGACGGCGGCGGCGGCGGCGGCGGCGGCACUAUGAGUCAAGAUGAAAGAUUUGUUUUCAUUGCAGAGUGGUAUGAUCCAAAUGCUUCACUUUUUCGACGUUAUGAGCUUUUGUACUACCCAAAAGAUGGAUCUGUUGAGAUGUAUGACAUGAAGAAUCGCUGUAGAUUCCUGAACCGUAUAAAAUAUGAAGAUCUCCAUUUUAAAGAUCUAUUUGUUGGCAACAAAAUCACGAUCUUUUCUCGCCAUCUCAAUUUGGUUGAUUAUGGGGAUCAGUAUACCUCCCGCAUGUUGGGCAGUCGCAAAGAAAGAACUUUGGCUUUAUUAAAACCUGAUGCAGCCCUGAAGCUUGGGGAAAUAAUUGAUAUGAUUUUGAAUGCUGGUUUUACAAUAACUAAAGCAAAGAUGAUGAUAUUAUCAAGGAAAGAAGCCGUGGAUUUCUACACAGACCACCUGUCUAAGCCUCUUUACAAUGAACUUAUUGAGUUUAUUAUAAGUGGACCUGUUGUUGCUUUAGAGAUCUUGGGAGAUGAUGCUAUAACGAAAUGGAAAACCUUUUUAGGACCUGCGAAUUCAACUAUAGCCCGAAGCGAUGCUCCAGGCAGCAUUAGAGCAUGUUUUGGAAGUGAUGGCAUUAGAAAUGUGGCUCAUGGCCCUGAUUCUUUUGCUACUGCUGCAAGGGAGCUGGAGUUAUUCUUCCCUUCUAGUGGAGGCCGUGGACCUGCAAAUAGUGCAAAAUAUACACAUUGUACCUGUUGUAUUAUUAAACCUCAUGCAGUUAAAGAAGGACUGACUGGGAAGAUUAUAAAAGCAAUAAUGGAUGUAGGAUUUGAAAUCUCGGCCUUGCAGAUGUUUUACAUGGACCGUGCAAAUGCAGAAGAAUUCUAUGCGAUUUAUAAAGGUGUUGUUGCUGAAUAUUCUGAGAUGGUGGUGGAACUCUGCUCAGGACCUUGUAUAGCUUUGGAAAUUAGACAGAUGGAUCCUUCAAAAGCCUUCAGAGAUUUCUGUGGACCUUCUGAUCCUGAUUGGGGAGCCCUGACCUAG